CAGACGGUCUGUGCCUUUUAGGUGACGGGGAGCUGUGUAACAUGAGUCGGGAUCAAAACUGUGCGCUGGAUCCUGCUGCCAGUACAGAUGCUGGUCGUCAAAGAGAGAGAGGAGGUACAUGAUGGAUCCCGUCCCACUGCUGCUCAUCAUAGUCGCAUCUUGGCCGGUUUGUUCGGCAGUCUACACCGGGCCCCUCCAGCCGGAGAUCUCCAAUGGCACUUUCCAUCACUUCUUUGUCCCGGACGGGGACUACGACGAGACGGAAGACCCGGAGCAGUGCCAGAUGCUGUUUAAAUUCUCGGAUGUGUAUCCAUGUGGUGCCUCCGAGGAGCGCGACUCCGUGGUGCGGGACGACUUCGUCAUCACCAAGCUGCAGGCGGAGGACGCGGCGCGGCUGCUGGAGGGCAUCGGCCGGACUGUGGCGCACGACCUGGACGGAGAGGACAGCUACGGCAAGUUCCUCCAGCGGGAGAUCUCCCAGAUCAGCGAGGCGUUUUCAAACGUGGACAAGUCUCUGCUAGAGCUGGAGGUGAAGUUUAAACAAAGUCAAGAAACUGAGCUGAGAGAGGAGCAACAGCUGAACGGCCAUGUAGUGAAGCAAGUGAGUGACAUCAGGGACACUCUGAGGGAAACUACGGACAUCUCUCUGGGACUUAAAGAUAAACAUGAGCUCCUCGCGCUCAUUAUUCGCAGUCAUGGCACCAGACUGAGCCGCCUGAAGACUGAGUAUCUUAACUUUGGCUCAUAGUGGGGUUAAGGCAGCUUAAUGUGUGUGCGCGUGUGCGCGCGUGUGUGUGAGAGAGAUAGAGAGAGGACCCUCCAGUUCAACAAACAACUGGAAAGUACAUUGUGGCUUAUGAAUACCCUUCCCAAGUAUUUGAAUAUCUCUGACCUUGUGGUUAUCCCCAUUCCUUGGAACUUGUGCCGUUAAAAGGGAGCUCUAACAAAAACAUCAACACAUUCCUCUGAGUCAGGAGGGAGAAAGGAAAUGUGAACAUAAAUUAGCUAUGUCUGCUAGGAACCCUCUGUGCCACUUCUGUGGAAGAAUUUUAUUCAGUAGAAAGUAGGCUAUGAAAACAAAAGUUGGAUUUAUUGGCUUCUGGAUCAAUAAACUGGCCAACUUUCUGUGUGUAUGGUUUAAAGUAUGAUGUUUCCGAUUUUAGGUUAUUAUAACUAAGCAAAUAAAUACUUAAUUUUCA